GCCGCCGCCAUGACAACACAAGCACCAACGUUCACUCAGCCGCUGCAGAGCGUGGUGGCACUAGAGGGUAGUGCCGCCACGUUCCAGGCUCAAGUUAGUGGUUCUCCAGUUCCUGAGGUGAGCUGGUUUCGUGAUGGCCAGGUUCUUUCCGCCGCCGCUCUGCCCGGCGUUCAGAUCUCGUUCAGCGACGGCCGUGCUGUUCUGAGAAUCCCCGCUGUGACCGCCGCACACAGCGGAAGAUUUUCUGUCAGAGCAACCAACGGAGCUGGACAAGCCACAAGCACCGCUGAACUCCUCGUCACAGCAGAGACAGCGCCCCCUAGCUUCCUCCAGAGACUGCAGAGCUCUACGGUGAGACAGGGCAGCCAGGUGAGGCUGGAUGUCCGUGUGACAGGAAUCCCAACGCCCGUGGUGAAAUUCUUCAGAGAGGGAGCCGAGAUCCAGAGCUCAGCCGACUUCAGGAUCCUUCAGGAAGGAGACCUGUACAGCCUGCUGAUUGCUGAGGCCUUCCCAGAGGAUUCUGGGACAUAUUCUGUGACCGCCACCAACAGCAGCGGACGGGCCACCUCCACCGCUGAGCUGCAGGUUCAAGGUGAAGAAGCUGUCCCAGCAAAGAAAACAAAGACUGUGAUUUCGACCCGUCAGACCCGAGUGGAAAAGAAGGUGGAGGUCAGUAUGGAGGUGGAGGCUCUCGCUCACAAGACUCCACCAAGAGUUCCUCCCAAACCCACAUCCAAGUCCCCGACUCAGCCCUCGCUGGUCUCCAAGGUGGCGGGAGGACGGCAACAGUCCCCGUCUCCUGUCAGACACGUGAAGGCGCCCACGCCCACGCCUGUCAGGCCGGUCAAGUCCCCGAUCACCACACGCAAACAGCCAGCUGUCGGCGCCGACGUCCUGCCGCCAUGGAAGCAGGGAGAGCUGAGCGUUCCCCAGCCUGGCAUGGAGCAGCGCUGGGAGACACAGGUCAAAGAGGCUGAGGGAGGGAAAAGAGCCGGGGCGGUGGCCACGGUGAUGGCUGCCGUCGACCUGGCUCGCAUCCGUCAGCCCGUGCAUGUGGAGGGCGGUGGAGCCGAAGAGGAGUCUGAGGCUGUAGAGGCAGAGUUUAGGAAGCAGGCCGCCGCCGCCGCGGCUGCUGAUCGACAGUAUCGAGCCGGCUGGACAACAACGCGAGUGCAGGCUGGCCAAAUGCUAACCACUGCUCAGGGCGUUACACCUGACGCCGCCCUGCCGCUGCCCCAGAUUCGUACUACAUCAGAAAUCAUCUCUUCCCAGGUGGACGCCGGUCCUGCCCCAUCCCCCGUUCCACAGUUUAUUGUUUCUAAAGUUUCUGUCCCCAAACACGAGAUUAGCUCCGAGGUUUCCAUCGCCGGCUCGGCUAUCGCCGCCCUGCAGAAAGAGUUUUCCUCCACCACCACUAGAAGGAUCAUCAGAUCCGUCAAGUCUCCUGUCCCGUCUCAUAGAGUGGGGGAGGCCAGAGAGACCCCGGAGCCCGUCCCCCCACCGUUUAAAGACUUCACAGAGAAAUAUCAGAGUCAAUUCGGGGCUGGUUUACAGACAGGGCUGGUGUUCUCAGGGGGUGUGGAGAGAAUGUAUGAGGACUGGGAAGCCCAGGCGGCGGAGGCAGCAGCCGUACCUGCAGCAGGUGGCGGCGUGGUCCCGCCCACUCUGGUGUCCGGCUUGAAGAACACAAAUGUGACGGAGGGCGAGUCGGUGACCCUGGAGUGCCAGAUCAGCGGUCACCCCACGCCCGUCAUCAUGUGGUUCAGAGAGGACUACAAGAUCGAGAGCUCCAUCGAUUUCCAGAUCACGUAUAAGAAUGAAAUCGCCCAGUUGGUGAUCCGCGAGGCAUUCGCCGAAGACAGCGGACGCUUCACUUGUACCGCCACCAGCGAGGCGGGAACUGUCAGCACCUCCUGCUACCUGCUCGUCCAGGUGUCCGAGGAAAUCGAGAGCAGAGAGGAAGUUGAAGCUGCAGAGAAACUAGUAACUGAAGAAGCCAGAGAGGAGGCCAUGGCAGCUGAGGCCGACGCCCCUGCCACCGCUCCCUUCUUCAUCAAGAAGCCGACCAUUCAGAAGCUGGUGGAAGGAGGAAGUGUGGUGUUUGACUGCCAGGUUGGAGGAAGCCCCAAACCUCACAUCAUCUGGAAGAAGGGUGGUGUACCGUUGACUACUGGAUACAGAUACAAAGUGGCCUACAAGAAGGACACUGGAGUAUGCAGGCUGGAGAUCUCCAUGACCUUUGCUGAUGAUGCCGGAGAAUACUCUGUUUUUGCCAAGAACCAGCUGGGAGAGGUCUCAGAAUCCGUCAGCCUGCUGGAAGAAGAGGAAUACGACGCUUACAUGAAGAAACAGGAAGCUACCUUUAAGACUGAAGUGACAGCAGUGGUGCAGGAGCCCAAAGUGGGAGACGUUCCCCCAGUCGUUGUCACAACUAUGCCGCUAACAACCACCGUUAUCUCUGGACAGGAGUUCCAUCUCUCUGCCAUUGAGCUGAGAAUCAUCCAGGAGAUUGAACUACGUAUCAUGCAGAUUACCUACACUGAAAUAGUGACUGAAGAUGGAGAAACAGUCGUGACUGCUGCCCCCACUGGGGCCCAGCAGCCUGCCUUUGACACGCCUGUCAAAAACUACAGAAUCAUGGAGGGAAUGGGAGUGACUUUCCACUGCAAGAUGGCUGGAGCUCCACUCCCCAAGAUUGCCUGGUUCAAAGAUGGCCAGCGCAUUAGGCCCAGCGACCGCUAUCACAUGGAGGUUCUUCAGGAUGGACGAGCCAGCCUGCGUCUGCCUGUGGUUGGACCAGAGGAUGAAGGCGUGUACACCGCCUUUGCCUCAAACAUGACAGGAAAUGCUGUCAGCUCUGGAAAACUCUACAUCGAGCCAUCCGCAGCUGGAGCGCCUCAGAGAUACACGCCACAGCCGGCGGUGCAGAGAAUCAGGUCCACAUCUCCUCGUUCUCUGAGCCGCUCUCCUGGACGUUCUCCCAGCCGUUCUCCUGGACGUUCUCCUGCCAGGAGGCUUGAUGAGACAGACGAGGCUCAGCUGGAGAGACUCUACAAGCCUGUGUUUGUCAUGAAGCCUUCUUCAUGUAAAUGCUCUGAGGGGCAAACUGCCAGAUUUGACUUAAAGGUUGUCGGCAGACCCAUGCCGGACACAUACUGGUUCCACAACGGACAACAAGUCGUUAGCGACUACACCCACAAGAUAGUGGUGAAAGAGGAUGGUACCCAGUCUCUGAUCAUCGUCCCAGCCAUGCCUGAGGACUCUGGAGAGUGGACCGUCGUGGCCCAGAACAGAGCUGGACGUUCAUCCAUCUCUGUCACUCUCACGGUCGAUGCCAAAGAAACCUUGGUGCGCCCCCAGUUCACUGAGAAGCUGAGGAAUAUCAGUGUCAAACAGGGUACUCUGGUUGAGCUGGCUGUCAAAGCCAUUGGAAACCCCCUACCUGACAUCGUCUGGCUGAAGAACAGCGACAUUAUCACCCCACACAAGCACCCAAACAUCAGGGUUGACGGAACAAGAGGAGAGGCCAAAUUCCAGAUUCCCUCUGCAACCGGCUCAGACAGCGCCUGGUACACCGCUACAGCCAUCAACAGGGCUGGCAGAGACACCACUCGCUGCAGAGUCAAUGUGGAGGUGGAUUACGUAGAACCUGAACCAGAGAGGAAGCUCAUCAUUCCCAAAGGAACCUACAAAGCCAAGGAGAUCGCCCCUCCAGAGGUGGAGCCUCUACAUCUACGAUACGGUCAAGAGCAGUGGGAGGAGGGCGACCUUUACGACAAAGAGAAGCAGCAGAAACCUCAGUUCAAGAAGAAGCUGACCUCUGUCCGCAUGAAGCGCUUUGGUCCAGCCCACUUUGAGUGCAGACUGACUCCCAUUGGUGACCCCACCAUGGUGGUAGAGUGGCUGCAUGACGGUAAACCCCUGGCAGCUGCUAACAGACUGCGCAUGGUCAAUGAAUUUGGAUACUGCAGUCUUGACUAUGAGGUUGCUUACCCUAGAGACAGCGGUGUCAUCACCUGUAGAGCCACAAACAAGUUCGGAGUCGACCAGACCUCGGCCACUCUUGUCGUCAAGGACGAGAAGGGCCUUGUUGAGGAAUCCCAACUUCCUGAAGGCAGGAAGGGAGCCCACCGUAUCGAUGAGAUGGAACGCUUGGCUCAUGAGGGAGGACCCUCUGGAGUCACAGCCGAAGAGGAGACAGAGAAAACCAAGCCUGAGAUUGUCCUUCUUCCUGAACCAGUCAAUGUUAUGGAGGGAGACACAGCUAGAUUCCGCUGCAGAGUAACCGGUUAUCCAGCCCCCAAGGUGAACUGGUACCUCAACGGACAACUUAUCCGCAAGAGCAAGAGAUACAGACUCCGCUAUGAUGGCAUCUAUUAUCUUGAGAUCACCGAAAUCAAGUCCUAUGACUCCGGAGAGGUCAAAGUGGUGGCUGACAACAUCGUUGGUUCAACAGAGCACACUGUGAAGCUCGAGAUUGGGCAGAAAGAGGAUUUCAGGACACAUUUGCGCCGUGCAGCUGAUGGGAAGCUAAUAGAGGCCGCACCUGAACCUGGAAGAACUCCAUUUGAGGUGGUGAAGGCUGAGGCAGUCACCGAAGAGUCCCAGCUCAAAGAAGUGGUCAAACUGAAGAAGGCUCAAAGAAUUAUCCAUGAGAAGGCCACAGAGGAGACUGAGGAGCUGAGGAGCAAGUUCAAGCGCAGGACUGAGGAAGGCUACUAUGAAUCCAUCACUGCAGUGGAGCUCAAGGCACGCAAGAGGGACGACUCCUACGAGGACCUCCUGAGGAAAACCAAGGAGGAGCUGGCUCACCGUGUCAAGGAGAAAGAGGAGGCUGAGAAAAAGAAGGAAGAAGAACGUCGCAAAGUUACAGCUAAAGCUCUAAAACCAGAGAGAGUCAAGCUCUCAGCCAGCAUGGAAGCUCCAAAGAUCCUGGAGCGCAUCACCAGCCAGACCGUCUCUCAGGGCGAUGAGGUCAAGUUCAGAGUCCGUGUUGUUGGUAGACCAGAACCUGAGUGCCAGUGGUUCAAGAACGGUGUUCAGCUGGAGAAGUCUGACCGCAUCAGCUGGUUCUGGCCUGAAGAUCACGUGUGCGAGCUGGUGAUCAGAGAUGUCAGAGCGGAGGAUUCUGCUAGCAUCAUGGUUAAAGCUACCAGCAAGGCUGGAGAGACUUCCAGCCACGCCUUCCUGCUGGUGCAAGGAAAGCAAGUCAUCACCUUCACACAGAAGCUGGAGGAUGUCAACGCCAAAGAGAAGGACACCAUGGCUACCUUUGAGUGUGAAACCAACGAGCCGUUCGUCAAGGUCAAAUGGCUGAAAGAUAACACGGAAAUUUACUCCGGGGACAAGUACAGGAUGCACUCGGACAGGAAGGUUCACUUCCUGUCAGUGCUGAUGAUCGACAUGAGGGACGAUGCAGAAUACACCUGCAUGGUUAUCGACGAUGAUGUCAGAACGACCGCCAAGCUCAGUGUUGAAGGAGCCCCGCUGGAGAUCGUGAAGCAGCUGGAGAGCACAGAAGUACCUGAGACAUACUCUGGAGAGUUCGAGUGUGUCGUGUCCCGUGAGGAUGCUGAAGGAACCUGGUACUUUGGGGAGAACAUGAUCUCUCCCAGCGGUAAAUACCUUAUGACCUCCCGCCGUGGAAGACACACCCUCUCCGUGAAAGACGUCAAGAAGGAGGACCAGGGAAAAUACACCUUCAAAGUGGGAGAGCUGAAGACAAGCGCCUCGCUGAAGAUGAAAUUGCGCCCGGUGACGCUCAUGCAGCCUCUGGCCGACCUGACCGUCUGCGAGGGCGACAUCGCUCAGAUGGAGGUUAAGUUCUCCCAGGAGAACGUUGAGGGAUCCUGGCAGAAGAACGGGCAGCCAAUCACUGCUUCAAAUCGUGUGCACAUUGUUAUCGACCGACAGAUCCACAAACUCCUGAUCGAAGACACCACCAAAGACGACUACGGGAUGUACUCCUUUGUGGUUCCUGAUCAUGGCAUCUCCACCACUGCUAAGCUGGUCGUCCAGACAAUCGGCAUCCUGAUCCCACUGAAGGACAUCAGUGCUGUUGAGGGAACCAAAGCAGUCAUGGAGACCAAGAUCUCUGCUCAGGACAUCAGCUCUGUCAAAUGGUACCACAACGACCAGCUGCUGACGCCAAGCGACCGCAUCCAGAUGGUGGCCAAGGGAGCCAAGCAGCGUCUGGUCUUCAACAGGACGUUUGCCUCCGAUGAGGGACACUACAAACUGGUUGUUGGCCGUGCAGACACGAGCUGCAGGCUUACUGUUCAGACGGUCCAGAUCGUGAAGCCGAUGUCAGACAAGCAGUGCUCAGAGUCUGAGAACGUCACUUUCGAGGUCGAGGUUUCCCACCCUGGCAUUGACCCUUUCUGGACCUUCAAAAGGCAGCCGCUGAAGGCCAGCGCCAAGUACAAGAUGGAGUCCAAGAACAAGCGCCACACCCUGACGGUCAUGAACGCCAUGGUGGAUGAAGAGGGCGAGUACAUGUUCGCUGCUGGAGAGAAGAUGAGCACUGCUAUGCUCACAGUGACAGGUGGCGCUAUCAAAAGGCCGCUGCGUGAUUUGGUGGUGGCCGACUCCCAGACUUCCGUGCUGGAGUGUGAAGUUGCCAACCCCACCGCUGAGGGCCGAUGGCUGAAAGACGGACAACCUGUGGACUUUAACGAGAACACGGUGAGCGAGGUGAACGGCGCCGUCAGACGCCUCGUCAUCAACAUCACCAAAGCCACCGACAUCGGAGAGUACACCUACCAGGUGGCCACCUCCAAGACCACAGCCACCCUGAAAGUGGAGGCCGUGAAGAUCAAGAAGACCCUGAAGAACCUGAAUGUGGUCCAGACUCAGGACGCCGUGUUCAGCCUGGAGCUGACCCACGAGGAUGUGAGGGGAGCUCAGUGGAUCAAGAACGGCGUGGAGAUCCAGCCCAGCGAUAAAUAUGAGAUCACCAUCGAAGGCACUGUCCACACCCUGACGAUCAAGAACUGCACCACACAGGACGAGUCGGUCUACGCUUUUAAACUGGGCAAGCUGGGAGCAAACGCCAGGCUCAACGUUGAGACCAUCAAGAUCCUGAAGAAGCCCAAAGAUGUGACCUCUCUGCUGGGAGCCACCGCCAUGUUUGAGGUGGGUCUCUCUGAGGACGACAUCCCUGUCAAAUGGAUGUUCAACAACACCGAGCUGAAGCCCAGUGAGCACUACAGGAUGCUCUCUGAGAAGAAGACCCACAAACUGAUCGUCCAGGACGUGGACAACAGCAAGGAGGGAGAGUACACGCUGAUGGUGGGACACCUUAAAUGCAGCGCUCGCCUCUCUGUUGAGUCCCUGCGCAUCACCAGACCGCUGAAGAGCGUGGCAGUCCCAGAGACCAAGGAGGCGAUGUUCGAGUGUGAAGUUUCUCACUUCAACGUGCCAACCACCUGGCUGAAAGACGGCGUGGAGAUCGAGAUGAGCGAGAAGUUCAGGAUCGUCGUCCAGGGGAAAAUCCACCAGCUGAAGAUCAUGAACACCAGCAGGGACGACUCUGCAGAGUACACCUUCGUCUGCGGGAACGACCGAGUGUCCGCUACGCUGACCGUUAACCCCAUCCUCAUCACCACCAUGCUGGAGAACCUGAACGCUCAGGAGAAAGACACGGUCACCUUUGAGGUGAACGUCAACUACGAGGGAAUCACGUACAAGUGGCUGAAGAACGGCGUGGAGAUCCGGUCCACGGACAGAUGCCAGGCUCGCUGCAGACAGCUGACUCACAGCCUCAGCUUUAGGGCAAUCUUUUUUAAAAUGCUUUUCUCUUUCAUUCAGAGACUCCUUCAGACUAUAGAGACGUUAUUUGUUAGCGCACAUGUUUGAGUUUGGCUCCAUGUAUUUCUUCCAGCUCGUGUUGUUGAGUUCACCAAACAUCUUAAAGACCUGAAGAUCACGGAGAAAAAGAGAGCCACAUUUGAGUGUGAAGUUUCUGAGCCUAACAUCCAGGUGAUGUGGAUGAAGGACGGCCAGGAGCUGGAGAUGUCUGACAGGUAUAAGAUGACCUCAGAUAAAUUUGUGCACCGCCUGGUUCUGCCGUCCGUUCGCCUGUCUGAUGCUGGAGAAUACACCGCCGUCGCCGGGUCCAGCAUGUCUGUUGGCCAUCUGGGAGUUGAGGGGCGGGACGUGAAAAUCUCAGAGCCAGUCAGCAGAGACAUCACAGUCGUCGAGAAACAGAGAGCGACCUUUGAGUUCGAGGUGAACGAGGACGACGUGGAGGGUCACUGGAUGAGGAAUGGCGUGGAGAUCCAGUUCUCGAUGGAGGAGAGGUUCAACUACGCCACAAUCAGGAAGCUGCACCGCCUCACCAUCUCUGAGACGUACAGGAGCGACGCCGGCGAGUACACCUUCUUAGCUGGCAAGAACAGGAGCACCAUGCACCUCCACGUUAGAUUGCCGGAGCCUCCUCAGAUCGUCCGCCACAUGGAGCCCCAGACCGCCACAUCCGGCAGGUCGGUGCGUUUCUCUGUGCAGGUCGGCGGUAUCCCACAGCCUCAGGUGUCCUGGUACAAAGACUCCCAGGCUCUGGCCACCAGCUACAAGUGCAAGUUCCUCCAUGACGAAGACGAGCACACGCUGAUGCUGCUGGAGGUCUUCCCUGAGGACGCCGCCGUCUACAGCUGCGAAGCCAAGAACGACUACGGAGAGGCGACAAGCUCUGCCCCUCUCACUGUGGAAGUUCCUGAGGUGGUCGAACAUAUGGUGCGGGUCUCUGCUCCGGUCCUUGUGGCUCCUAUCCGGGACGUCCUGGUUGCAGAGGGACAUUCUGCCCGUUUCCAGUGCACCAUCUCUGGGGAAGACCUGCAGGUUUCUUGGUUCUGUAAUGACAGAGAGAUCAGACAGUCAGACGUCUUUAAGAUGUCUCAUUAUGGGGACAUCUUCCAGCUGGACAUUUCCAGAGUCCAGCCCAGCCAUGAAGCAGAAUAUUCAUGUGUGGUCACUAAUUCUGCUGGAAUGGCCACGAGCUCGGCCACUAUCCACAUUGAUGUAACUGAAGUACCAGAGGAACCUUCAGUUAAGGUCCAAGAGGAAGUGAAAGCUUUCACUAGCUCCACCGUCACAGUGGAAGAGGAAACCGAGGAGUCAUUCUACUCCGGUCUAAAAUUGCCAGAUAAAACCAGAACACUUGAACUUAAGCCCGAGUCCAAACGCUUUUCCAGCCAUUUGGAAAAGAAGAAAGAAAAACCUGUUUUCCUCAGCAGACUUUGUCCAGCUGCUGUGAGUGUUGGAGAAACGGCUAGACUUACGGUCAGAGUGUCUGGUUUCCCUAAGCCCACCAUUCAGUGGUUCCACAACGGCCACACUAUCACUAGUUCAUCCGCGUAUACGUUCGUCCAUGAGAAGGACGAGUUUAGCUUGGUCAUCACUAAAGCUGAGAGGGAAUAUGAAGGCGAGUACUCGUGUACUAUCAGCAACAGGUUUGGGAAGUCAACGUGCACGUCUUAUCUGCAUGUGCACGUGAAGGAACCAGAGAGGGAGGAGAAAGUUGACAGGAAACCUCCUGUUCCCACCGGCAGAGCCCCAGAGUUCACUAAAAACAUCGAGUCUGUAGAGCUGUUUGAAGGCGGUCAGGCUUUCUUUAGGUAUGUGGUGACGGGAGAUCCUCUUCCUGAGGUUCAGUGGCUCAAAGGCAGCUUCCACAUUCAGGCUGGUGGGUUCUGCAUCAUUGUGAGUAACCCAGAUGGAUCAGGCUUCAUGAAUUUGAAGAGUGUCAAGCAGGAGCACAGUGGCGUCUACACCUGUAAGGCCUCAAACCGGUACGGAGAGGCGUCCUGUUCCGCUGAGCUGAUGGUCUGUCAGGAGGAGGUCCAGGAAGAGCAAACACUGGUGAAGAAAACUAAAGGUCUGAAAAUAUCAAUGACUGAACAAACCACAGAAUCUAGAUUAUCAACAGAAAGGAGCCGGUCUGAUCAGAUGAUUUAUACCAUUAGCACUGAAGACCGGCAGAUCAUUCCCAGCGAGGAGGCGGGGACCCUGCAGGAGCUCGAUAUCUAUGCGGCCACCCUUCAUCGAGAGCUGCUCACCCAGCAGGCUGCAGUCUUACAGUCUCAUGACAUACAGGAAAGAGUUUCUUUGGCCCCCAGUCAUCCUCCUCAAGUGUCAGCAGUGCCCAAGAAACAGCUUCAUGUAGCUAGCUUCUUAUCCUCAGUGCAGGAAAAGCAAAAGAUCACAGAGCAGCACUCGGAGCGGAUCCUCAGUCCUGAGAUCGUGGAGCUUGAACCGGCCAAAGAGAGCAGAUCGAGGCUCCUGUCAGCCACAUCUGAAGAGACCCUGCCCCUCGCCACAGUGAGAGCCGAGGUGUUGAGGGAGCGGGCUACAGAGAACCUCAAGGCCUCGAGAGAACCCCAGCAGAUCGUCAGCAGUCACCAAGUCGAGUCCAGACUUCCAGUUCUUGAUGAGACUUCAGAGGCCGUCCACAAGCCUGAGGAAGAGAGGGGCUUUAAAGUCACCGAGGGAGUCAAGAUUUUAUACUCGGCUCAGUCCACGGGGCAACUACCAAUCACAGAGAGGCACACGGAGCCUCUGCCAGAUCUAGAUCCAGCUUCUGAGCCCUACGUAGAGAGAGAGCAGGCUAAAGCAGUGGUAGCACCAGUUAGUGAAGCUAGGGUGUCUUUAUCCAAGGAGCAGACAUUUAGAAUGGACAGACCAGAUCAGGAGAGCAUCGUCCCAAACAAAGUGAUGGUCUUUAAGUCAGCAGUGACUGCUGAGGAGAGAUAUGAACUCCAAGGUGAGCAGACAGAGCCAGUGCCAGGGUUAGCUUCUUCUUUGUGUCUGCAGCCACAGCGUGAGGAGGAAAGGGUUCUGAAUCUGCAGGUCAUCAGUGAACAGGAUGUUUUAUGGUCUGAGGGUAGGUUUAGCAGUGACAAGCCGUCCGCAGAGCAGGCAGAGGCAAGGAAGAGCCCAACACUUCUGCAUUCUGUGACCCAGGAGGAGCAACGAACCGCGGUCUGUGAAGCCACCUCGGAGUUCUCAGCAGAGACCGAGACCAUGUCCAUUCAGCCCAAGAAAGAGUCACCGCCAACAAAAUGCCUCCAGACCAUUCAGUCCUCAAUGGUCCUACCAAAGGAGGGCAUCCUCACCAUCACCAAGCCUGAGCAGCAGGGGGCAGUGCAGAAGCAAGAAAAGGCCAGGGGUCAUGCAGCGACCUCAGAGGAGAGACCAACGAUUACAGCAGAGUUUCACAAAGAUCUAGAUGUUUCUGUGCCUGGACUUCAGUCAAAGCUUCAGACCGAGCCCAGACCGUCCAGCAUCCUGUCGGUCUCCUCCAAACCACUACAUCUGGCCAAAGAAGAACCGUUCACCAGCGAGGCCAAGCACCAGCGCGCCUUAGUCCAGAAAGAAGAAAACUGGAGAAUCAUGCAUUCUUUAAACAUCUCAGACACUCAGGCUUUAGAGGAGGGUCAUACCGUUAGCAUUAAGACCGAUGAGAAGUUCAGACCCCAGAUAAAUACUGAGCCCAAGAUUCCAAAGAGACCCAUCCUAAUAGAGGAGAAGGCCAUGGCCACAGAGAGCUGCACCAUCUUAGAGGCUGCUGAGCAGGACUUCGCUGUUCAGAUCCAGGAAGGCCAGUCCGUCCAACGCUCGGUGUUACUAGAAGAGAAGCGCGUGAUAACGGGAGAGCGUUCCUGUGAGAUCCUUAAAUCAGAGGGAUCAGCUCUCAGCGUGAAGACCCAGCCCAAUGAGGUUCUGUUUGCUCAUGAGUCCCAGGACACGCUGACUCUCCCGAAAGAACUCCACUUUGUCAUUCAGAUUCCCAAACCGUUCAGUUUAAAUAUCCGUCAUCAGCUCAGAGACGCCCUUCAGUCCGCUGUGGCCCAGGACCAGCCCGUGCUUCUCGCUGACGUUGUAGGAAGGCUGGAGGGCGUGGAGGUUCAGGAGGUCAAGGUGUACAGAGAGCCCAAACGAGCCACAUACUCAUACCUGAUCACAACACCUGGGGCUCCUAUGGAAAUCACGCUGUCUUUUGAAGGUGAAUACCCUCAGACAGCUGACCUCAGGUCUGAGCUCCAGAUCGCUCUACAGGCGAUGGUUUUCCAGGAACAUUCCAGUCUCACAUCAGAGCAACCCGGUCUCAUGCAGAUAGACAAGCCUCAGAGAGCGCUGGUCAGUUCAGCACGCUCCAAGAAGGUUUUGUCGACCAUGGUGGACACCACGAUGGUGGCAGAGAGCGCAGUAGGGUUUCCUCCAGCUCUGUCUCAGUCUGCUGUGAUCAAAACUGAAGCCAGGGCUUCCAAGGAGAGUGCAGUAGGGUUUCCUCCAGCUCUGUCUCAGUCUGCUGAGAUCAAAACUGAAGCCAGGGCUUCCUUCCAGAGCGCUUCAGUUCAGAGCUGUGCUGAGAUCCAGGAAUCUAAGACGGUGAGUGUGAGAGAGAGGCAGACCGCUGCUGACGUCACCACCUCGGUGUCCGUGGAUCAGACCCAUGUUGAACGACAUGUAGAAGUGAUGGUCCACAAAGAGAGCAGAGAGGAGUAUCUGUCUGAGGCUAUCAUGAUCAGUGAGUCCUCUGACAGUCUGCUAGACUAUCCUGUCAUUGUGAAUUCUCUGGAAGAUAUUUGUGCUGAGGAAAACGGCAAAGCCACUUUUACUACCACCAUAAAGUAUACCAGCAGAGUUAACUGGUUUUUCAAUGGCCAGUUGGUGAAAUCAGGCAAAGAGUUCAAGUGUUCUAAAGACCAGGACAGAUACACACUGACUAUUGACAAGGUUAUGAAGGAGAGGCACCAAGGAGAAUAUGUUUGUGAGGCUGAGAAUGAAGCCGGCAGGACUACAACAUCUUCAAGACUCACUGUGGUCUCAAGAGUGAAGCCUGUGUUCAGGCACAGAAUCGCCCCUGUGGAGAUCAACAUUGGCGGCUCUGCCAAGUUUGAAUGUGAAACUGAGGAUGCUCCCAACGUGAGCUUCAAAUGGUUCAAAGAUGGACACCCCAUCAAAGAGGGUGACAAGUACAGGAUAAUCAGCCGCUUUACCAUGUCCAGUUUGGAGAUUCUGAGCCCAAAUAAGGACGAUAGUGCUGAAUACACCUGCAAGGCAUCCAAUCAGCAUGGCAGUGAUGAAUGCUCCGCCUCUCUCAGCGUUACAGAGCUAUGUCCUCCUGCCUUUAUAACUAAACCUGAGCACCAGACUAUGUAUGUUGGGAAGAGGGCAUUGAUUCAGAGUGUAAUAACAGGAUCUGUUCCACUGAAUGUGGUCUGGCUCAAAAACAACCGGCCGUUACCCAUGGUGCCCACCCACUACCAGACCUAUAGCGAAAAGAACAAGCACACUCUUGAGAUAACCAGGCUAGAGCCGGACGAUAAAGGGCUGUAUGUGUGCAAAGUGUCCAAUGACGUUGGGACGGCUGAGUGCAGCAUGGAGCUGCGUGUUAUUAACCAGCCCAACUUUGUGAAGCCCCUGGGUCCGAUCGCCGCUGUGGUCGGAGCUCCUCUACACUUGGAGUGUCAGGUGGAUGAGGACACAGGAGUCAGUGUCACCUGGACCAGGGAUGGUCGGAAAGUCCACCAGUCUCCGGACUGUAAACUGUCUUUUGAGGAUAAGACAGUGAGUCUUGAUAUCCUAAAGACCACACUGAAAGAUUGUGGAAAUUAUGUGUGCACGGUGACCAACGAGGCCGGCAGUGCCUCUUGCUCCACUUCGGUGAAAGUCCAAGAGCCGCCAGUCUUUGUAAAGAGGCUUGAAGCCAACACCGUCUGGAAGCAGGGCAGCACUGCACGGCUGCAGUGCAGUGUCAAAGGUUCUCCUGAACUUCACACCAGCUGGUUCUUUAAUAACAGUAAAAUCUCUGCGGGGGGCAGAGUCAGCAUCAGUCAGAAGGACGGGGUCACCACUCUGGAGAUACAGGAUGUGAUGAUGAGCAACAGCGGGAACUACACCUGUGAGGUUCUCAAUGAGUCUGGCUGUGAAAGCUGCAGCACUAAAGUAACAGUGAAAGAGCCCCCCACUUUCAAAAAGGAGUUACUCCCCGUAGAGGCGGUCAGAGGCUCUGUAGCAGUCUUGGAGUGUGAGAUUUCAGGCACCGCCCCCUUUGAGGUGGCCUGGAGAAAGAAUAAGAAACGCCUGAGCACAGAUAAGAAGUACAGCAUAGUCUCACAGGGAGCGCUGAGCUCUCUGGAGAUCCGCUCCUUCGAGAGCACUGACGCUGGGGAGUACGAAUGUGUGGUUUCAAACGAGGUGGGCUCGGUAACAUCCAAGUCUGUAGCCAAACAGAGAGAGCCACCUAUGUUCUCUAAGAGGAUUGAGAGUGCUACAGCAGUGCUGGGCACCACGGUGAAGCUGCAGGGAGCCCUGAAAGGCUCCGCCCCCAUCACUAUUAAAUGGCUGAAAGACUCUAAGCUGCUCAGAGAUGAUGAUCCAAAUGUGAAAAUGACAUUUGAGAACAACAUUGCGAGCAUUUCCUUCUCGUCUGUUGAGAUGAAGCACGGGGCUAAGUACACGUGCGUGGCCGAAAACGAGGCGGGACAGCAGAAAUGUGACGCCGUCUUAACAAUCCAAGAGCCGGCUAGGAUCUUAGAGAAGGCAGCGUCCAUCAGCGUGACGGCCGGAGAUUCAGCCACUUUGGAGUGUGCUAUUUCUGGAAGUCCAGAGCUGAAAGUGAAGUGGUUCAAAGACGGCAAAGAGCUGGCCAGUGGGCGCAAAUAUAAAGUGGUAGUAAAGGAGAACACCGCCACCUUAAAGAUCCUCUCAGCGGAUAAAGGAGACACGUCCGAGUACAGGAUGGAGGUGUCCAAUAGGGUCGGAAAAGACGAGUGCACAUGCUCAGUCACUGUUAUAGACCGUGCGGUGCCACCGUCCUUCACCAGAUCUCUAAAGAAAGUGGAUGGAAAUCUGGGUAGUAACGUGACCUUGGAGUGCAGAGUGGCUGGGACUCAGCCCAUGGUUGUUUCCUGGUACAAAGACGAUAAAGAAAUCCACAGCGAUGGCAAAUAUAAGAUUGAUUUCAGUGAGAGUACAGCCUCAGUGACUAUAAUCAGCCUGGAGCAGACGGACGCUGGAGUUUACACGUGCCGGGCGUCCAAUGACGCCGGAGAAAAAGACACCAGUGGUGCCCUGGCUGUCAGAGAACCUCCAGUCUUCACGGUGAGGCCUGAAUCCCAGGAUGCUUCACCUGGAUCAAACAUUGUCAUAAAAUCGGCGUUUACAGGAUCAGCUCCUCUGCAUGUGAAGUGGUUCAGAGAGGAAAAAGAGAUUUUCACUGGGGGGAAAUGUUUCAUAAAGAAAGACGCUUCUUCCAGCUCUCUGGAGCUCCAUUCAGUCAAACCCAGCGACUCUGCUAAAUACACGUGCCAGGUUUCCAACGAUGCCGGGAAGGUGGACUGCACUGUAGACGUCUUUGUGAAAGAGGCGCCAACGUUUACCAUCAAGCUUGAGCCGUCACAGCAAGUCAAACUGGGACAGUCUCUGAAGCUGUCCUGCAAAGUUCAGGGCACCCCCUUUAUUAGCAUCUCAUGGUUUAAAAACGGGGAAGAAAUGGCUGCAGACCACAGACAUGCAAUGUCCUUCGACAACUCGAUAGCGACUCUGGAGGUAGACGACUGUUCCAUGGAGGACAGCGGCGAUUAUGUCUGCGUGGCGUCCAGCCAGGCCGGCAGAGACCAGUGCAACUGCUCAGUAACAGUCAAAGAACCUCCGGUGUUUGUGAGGCCGUUUGAAUCCGCUGAGCUUGUGAAAGGAUCUGUAAUUGUCUUGGAGGGGACGGUUACCGGCUCCCCUCCAUUUGAAAUAAACUGUUUCCUCAACGAUAAGCUGAUCAGAAGCGACGCCAGGCACAAGAUCAGCUUUGAAAACAACACGGUGACUCUUCAGAUCUCCCACUGUGAGACGACAGACGCUGGGACAUACCAGUGCACUGUCGCUAAUGAUGUCGGGGAGACAUCUUGUUCUUGCCAGAUUUCUCUUAAAGAACCCCCGUCGUUUGUUCAAAGACUAGAGGAUAUGUCCUGUAUGGUGGGAUCUGAGAUCUCUAUGAGGUGCAUGUUGUCUGGAUCCCUCCCCAUGACUUUCACCUGGAUUAAGGAUGAUCAUGAGCUCACUGAGGAUGAGCAUGUUAAGAUGUCCUUUGAAACCAAAUGUGCCGUGUUGAAUUUGACAAACACUCAGUUGUCACACGGCGGGAAAUAUGUCUGUCAGGCAAAGAACAAUGCCGGGACUCGCAGCUGCGCCGCUGUACUCGUAGUCACAGAGCCUGCAAAUAUCUCUGAUCAUGCAAAGUCUAUCAGUGUAACGCAAGGCGACCCAGCCAGGCUAGAAUGCAGAUUCUCAGGCACCAAACCGCUGAAGUCCAGGUGGAUGAAGGCGGGAAGGGAGCUGACCUCAGGCAGGAGAUACAACAUACGGAGCACGGACACCAGCUCUGUGCUCACCAUCCUUAAAACAGACAAAAGUGAUAGCGGUGAUUACACGUUCGAGGUUUCGAACAAAGCCGGCAGCGGUUCAUGUGAAGCGUCUGUGACGGUCUUAGAACCUCCGUGUAUUCUUGAAAAGCCCAAACCCAUGAGUGUUCUGCCGGGCUCAAAGAUCCAGUUAAAUGUUCUGUUCUCUGGUACGCCUCCACUAAAGAUCAGGUGGUUAAAGAAUAAGAAAGAGCUUUUAUCCAGUGCUGACCGCUCUGUGCUUAAAGACAACACCUCCAGCACGCUGAAGCUCCUCUAUGCCAAAACCUCCGAUUCUGGGGACUACGUCUGUGAAAUCCAGAAUGACGUGGGCUCCACGUCCUGCCAGACAUCACUCUUUGUUAAAGAGCCGCCAUAUUUCCUAGAGAAACCUGACGGUGUUUCAGUCGUAGCAGCAGGAGAAUCUAAAAUGUUUGAGUGCAAGUUAGCCGGAACUCCAGAGAUCUGUGUGCGCUGGUUCAGAGACGGAGCUGAGAUUGGCCAGAGUGACAAACACUACAUCUCAUUUUACAACUCUGUGGCCUCCUUGGAGAUUUGUGACGUUAGUGAAAAUGACAGCGGUAAAUACUUCUGCGAAGCCUGCAACGAAGCAGGGACAGAGAGCUGCAGCGUUGAGCUUGAUGUGAAAGAACCUCCGUCCUUUUUGAGAGAGCUGACACAUCUUGAGGUGGUAAAAGGCUCCACAGCUACAUUUGCUUGCAAAGUGGCAGGAAGUGCUCCAUUUAAGGUCACAUGGUUCAAAGAUAGAAAGCCAAUAGAACCCAACCAGAAGUACGUCAUAAUGGAUACCGACAACGUGAGUUUGAAAAUCCAGGACUGCAAUGCAGGCGACGUCGGUACUUAUAAGUGUUUGGUAUCAAAUGAAGUUGGGAGUUGUACCGGCUCUGCAUCGUUGAGUCUGAAAGUCCGUCCAACAUUCACCACCAAGAUAGAAAACAUCUCCACUAUUCUGGGAGGGGUCGCGGUGUUUCAGUGCACCGUGGACGGCUCUUCACCUCUCUCUGUGCAAUGGCAGAAAGAUGAGAACUGGAUCCACGAGGAUCCAAAGAUUGAGAGAACGUUUGCUAAUAACGAGGCCACCCUGAGGAUUCCUGUGUGUGAGGCGAUUCACGCGGGGAAAUACAGCUGCCAUGUUGUGAACGAGGCCGGCCAGGACAAAUGCUUCGCCAACCUCAUAGUGCAAGAACCACCCACCAUCACAGAGAAGCCCGACGUAGUCAAAGUGACGUGUGGAGAUCCAGUUAGCCUUGAGUGCAGGGUCACUGGAACUCCUCAGAUCAGUGUUAAAUGGAGCAAAGAUGGUAAAGAGCUCCGCUCUAACAAGAAAUUCAAAGUCCAGUAUGAGAACAAGCUGGGCCGGUUAAACAUACUCCGCUCUCAGAUGGACGAUGGUGGAGAGUUUCUGUUUGAAGCCAGGAACUCUGUGGGGACCUGCAGCUGUAAAAUCAUGCUGGUUGUUUUAGAGGAGGUGAUCCCUCCGACAUUCCUUAAGAAACUAACAAACACUCAAGCCAUUAUGGGCUCACCGGUCACCAUGGAGUGUAAGGUGACCGGGUCUCUUCCAAUGUCAGUUGAAUGGAGCAAAGGGAAACAAGUGAUCGCUGAGAGCUCCAAGUAUAAACUUCAGCAUGUUGAAAACACUCUGUCGCUGGAGUUCAGACUGACGGAGAGCGAUGAUACCGGAGAGUAUUCUUGUAAAGUUUCCAACAAAGCAGGCAGCUGCCUGUGCAGUGGAGUUCUUACAGCCAAAGUGCCCCCCAGGUUCACAUCCGAGCCUGAGUCUCGGGCUGUUAUUCCAAAGUCUACUGUACACUUCAGAAGUGUGUUUGAAGGAACUCCUCCAUUUGUGGUGAAAUGGUUCAAGGAUGACAUGGAGCUCAUCACCGGCCCGUCCUGUACUGUUAGACUGGAGACGUACUCCUCCUCUGUAGAGCUGCACUCAGUCCAGACCCUGCAGUCUGGGAUUUAUUCUUGCCAAGUUAGCAAUGAAGCGGGCUCGGUGAAAAGUGCAGCAGACUUGUUGGUGAAAGAACCUCCACAGUUUGUCCAGAAACUCCCUCCCGCGACCUUCGUGAAGCAGUGUGAGGGAUUCCGUUUCGAAUGCAAGGCCACGGAGUCCCAGUCUCUGACUAUGUGCUGGUACAAAAAUGACCAAAAGAUAACUGACGGGGGCAACUACAAAACAAUGUUUGUUGGCUCCACCGCAUACCUCCAGCUUCGCACCACAAAGUUGGAGGAUAAUGGCGUCUACACAUGUGAGGCUCAUAAUGAUGCUGGCAGUGCAAGCUGCAGCACAGUGCUCAAAGUCCAAGAGCCACCAUCCUUUACUAAAACACCAAGCCCAGUAGAGGGCAUCAUAGGAAAAGAUGCCAGCCUUUACUGUGAGAUCUACGGCACUCCACCGUUCCAGGUGAACUGGUACAAAGACAAAAGACCACUAAAGGAGAGCAGGAAGUAUAAGAUGGUGACUGAAGCCAGCUCUGCUACUCUUCAUGUAAUGAAGCUGGAGCAGGAUGAUGCUGGUCUUUAUGAGUGCAGAGUCUCUAACAGUGUAGGAACCGAAUUCUGCCGUACCACCGUUAGCCUGAAAGAAAAGCCAGCGUUUGUCAAGAAGCUGGUGGACCAGUCAGUGAAGGUCGGCCAGCAGCUGACUCUGACGGCUACCGUGACAGGCUCUGAGCCGCUGACCGUGUCCUGGGUUCAGGACAAAGACCACAUUCUCAGAGACGGUGAUAACCGUAAGAUCACCUUUGAGAAUCACGUGGCCACUCUUGUCGUACCCAAAGCCGACUCGGCCACCGCUGGUAAAUACACGUGCCAGCUGAGAGGCGACUCUGGAGUUGUUGAGUCCAUCUCCCAAGUGACCGUGCUAGAACCGGCUGCUAUCGUGGAUAGCCCAGAGUCUUUGAACGUGAAAUCAGGAGAGAACACGUCUCUUGAAGUCACGGUUUCUGGCUCUCCAGAGCUGAAGGUUAAGUGGUUCAAGGAUAACGAAGAACUCUCUGCUGGCGCAAAGUACCAGUUGUCUUUCUCAAAGAAGGUUGCGUCCCUGAAGAUUCGCUCUGCUGACAAAGCAGACGCUGGCGAAUACAAGCUGGAGGUUGCAAACCAUGUUGGCACUGCCUCGAGCAAAACUAAGCUCUCUGUAUCAGAUAAGGUGAUUCCACCGAGCUUCAUCAGGAAGCUCAGAGACACCCACCUCGUUGUUGGUAAGCCUGGCGAGAUGGAGUGCAAGGUCGCUGGCUCUGCUCCACUAACGACAUCCUGGUUCCACAACGGCCAGGAGGUCAAGAGCGGGCCAAACUAUGACAUUAGCUGCACUGAUAACAGCUGCAAACUGAGAGUUCCUUCAAUCAGGAUGUCAGACGCUGGCAAAUACACAUGUAAAGCAGCGAAUGCUGCUGGAACCAGUGAGACCAGUGCUACCAUGAAUGUGACAGAACCUCCAUCUUUUGUGGAACCACCAGAAGCAAAGGAAACUUUACCCAGCAAGAACGUGUCUUUCUCGGCUAAAGUGAAAGGCAGCGCUCCUCUGAAGGUGAAAUGGUUUAGGGGAGCUAAAGAGAUGCAGCAUGGUCGGGGCUGUGAGAUCAGCCUAAAGAACGACAUCGCAACUUUGGUGCUUCACAAAGUGGAGACGUCCCACGCAGGAGAGUACACCUGUCAGAUCAUUAACGAUGCGGGGAAGGAAAGCUGCCCCGUUAAUCUGUUUGUUAAAGAACCGGUCCACUUUGUGAAGAAGCUGAGGAACGUUUCCUCUGAAAAGGGCAAACCUUUGAGGCUCGAGGUCACAUUUGCUGGAACUCCCAGGGUAAAUGUGACCUGGAAGAAGGACGGUAAACCCGUCUGGGCCUCCUAUCAGUACAACCUCAUCCCCACCGACACCUCCUGCAUUCUGGAGAUUCUUAAUUCAGACAGGGCGGAGGCUGCUGGUAGAUACUGUUGCGAAGUAGACAACGGAGUCGGCAGCGACAGAUGUGAAGCUGAAGUUUCAAUUCUAGAGCGACCAUAUUUUGUUGAAAAGAUGGAGCCGACAGAGCUGACUGUGGGCCAAUCGCUCACCCUCAAAUGCCGUAUCGCAGGAACUCCUGACAUCGCUGUAGCUUGGUUCAAAGGAGGCGGAAAGCUGCGCAAAUCAGAUGUUUGCUCCAUGGAUUUCACAAACGGUGUAGCAACUCUGAAACUGAGCAAAACAACCAAGUUUGACCACGGCGAGUACACCUGCCAGGCAGAGAACCGGGUCGGUUCAGCCUCUGCUACCUGCCGUGUGAUGGUGAAAGAACCCGUACGAUUCGUCAAGAAGCUGACGGAUAUGUGCCACGAGAUGGGCAAACCUCUGAGGCUGGAGUGCACAUACACCGGCAGUCAGAGGGUCUACGUGACGUGGAAGAAGGACGACAAGAUGAUCUGGGCUUCUUACCAGUACAACGUAAAAACCACCAACUCCUCCUGUGUCCUGGAGGUUCUCUACAGCGACAGACCCACCGCCGCAGGAAAAUACACCUGCGAAAUUUCCAAUGCAGAAGGAACUGACGUCUGUCAUGCUCAUAUUACCAUAGAGCGCAAAGUGCCUCCAAACUUCACCAGGAAGCCUUCCGAGUCCAUGGUGGAUUCUGUGGGUAAGACGGUGAAGAUGGAGGGUCGCGUGUCGGGCUCUCAGCCUCUGACCGUCACCUGGUACAAGGACAACAACCGGAUCUUCCCCUCUGACAAAUACGAUGUCAGCUUCAAGAACAACGUGGCGGUUCUGAGCAUCAGAGAGUCCUCCACCUACGACAGCGGCGUGUACACGUGCACAGCUGCCAACGAAGCUGGAGAGGCUUCGUGCCAGGUUUCUCUCUCCAUCGCAGAGAGCGGCCAGGCUCCAAAGUUUGACGUCCCUCUGGAGCCGGUGACGGUGAACGAGGGCGAGAAGCUGAGCAUCAAGUGCCAUGUGGUCGGCUCUGCUCCUAUAAACAUCCAGUGGAUGAAAGACAGGAGGGAGCUGAAGUCCAGCGGAAACACCAGAAUCACGUUCGUCGGUGGGACGGCCUGUCUGGAGGUCAGCUCAGCUUCAAAGGGCGACGCUGGAGACUAUCUGUGCAAGGCCAGCAACGCCAGCGGCAGCAACUUCUGCAAAUGCCGCGUCACUGUGAAAGAAACUGGAGUCAAGGCUGCCCCGGCCGAGCCCGCCGCCCCAGCUGCCCCCGCUCCCGUCAAGAGACUGGACAACCUCUUCUUUAUCGAGGAGCCUAAAAACGUCUCUGUCACAGAGAAGGGCACUGCAACUUUCAUCGCCAAGAUUGGCGGCGACCCGAUCCCCAGCGUGAAGUGGAUGAAGGGCAAAUGGAGGCAGAUCACAGCCGGUGGUCGCAUCUCUAUCGAGCACAAGGGCCAGGACGCCAAGAUGGAGAUCAGAGAGGUGACCAAGUCCGAUGCUGGUACCUACAGGUGUGUGGCCACCAACAAACACGGAGAGAUCGAGUGCAGCGCUGACAUGGCGGUCACCAAGAAGGAGGAAGUGGAAGGAUUCGGAGACAUCAGGACGAGGCUGAAGAAGACCCCCUCCAAGCAGAAGAGUCCGAAGAAGGAGGGAGACAUUGACAUCGUGGAGCUGCUCAGAGGUCACGACCCCAAGGACUACGAGAGGAUCCUGACCGAGCACGGAAUCCACGACUACCGCGCCAUCCUGCAGGCCAUCGAGUUCCUGAAGAGGGAGAAGGAGGUGGAGACUGGAAGACCGGAAGUGGAACAUGGCGGUCGGGUUCAAGAGGAGGAUAUGGCUCGUCUCAUCACACAGCUGGAGGGACGCGUCGGGACAGAGCCCGUCACCGUCCUCGAGGACAUCACUGACCAGACGACCGCUGAGAACCAGAGCGCCACCUUUGAGUGUCGCAUCAAGAUCAACUACCCAGAGAUCUCGCUCACCUGGUACAAGGGCACGCAGAAACUAGACAGGGGCGAUAAAUACGACAUCAGCAGCGUGGGCGACCGCCACUACCUGAAGAUCAAGAACUGCGUGGUGAAGGAUCAGGGCAACUACCGCGUGGUGUGUGGACCUCACAUCUCCAACGCCAAGCUCACCGUCACAGAAGAGAGAAAACCUGUUGAAGAGAUUAUUGAGAGGACUCAGUUCGAUAGAAGAGAAGGAGUCCCUGAAGUUCCUGAGGCUUACAGGAGAGCAGAGGAGAAACCCUCUGAGCCGGCGGCGCUGCCUUCAGCUCCUUACGCAGUACCUGACGCCAUGAGACAGAAGCCAGAGGUGACCGUCGCCGCUCCGUCCUGGCCGGAGGAACGUCUCACUGCAGCAGAACGUCCCGUUUACCCCGAACCACAACCUGAAGCUGAGCUAGUGACCGUUCCCAGAAAGGUCACGCCUGAACUUUAUCAGCCCGAGGAGCCGACAAUGGUUCCUCCUGAGCCUAAAGUUCCUCUGAAAAAACCCGAGCCUACGGUUCCCAAAGUCAAGCCUCAAGAACCCAAAGUAGAACCUGUGAAGAAAAUCCCUGAGGCAGCCAGAGCUAAAGCACCAGACGUUGCUAGACCUGAAGAACCUGCAGUUCUGCCGACUGCAGUAAAGGUUCCCCCUCCAACACCAGAGCGUCUUCCAACUAAAGUACAAGAUGUUCCCAGACCAGAGGAACCUGUGCUUCAGCCGUCUCCACCCACAGUUACUCCGACAAAGGCUGAAGCUCGUCCGACCACAGUGUCUCCUCCAGAGGAGAAGAAGCCGUCUGCUCCAGUACCAAAGCCUUCAGCUCCUCGUCCUCCUUCUCCUCCAGUGUCUCCUCCAGAGGAGAAGAAGCCGUCUGCUCCAGUACCAAAGCCUACGCCUCCUCGUCCUGCAGAGAAAGUAGCGCCUCCUGCAGUGUCUCCUCCAGAGGAGAAGAAGCCGUCUGCUCCAGUACCAAAGCCUACGCCUCCUCGUCCUGCAGAGAAAGUAGCGCCUCCUGCAGUGUCUCCUCCAGAGGAGAAGAAGCCGUCUGCUCCAGUACCAAAGCCUACGCCUCCUCGUCCUGCAGAGAAACGGAAAAGAAACCAUCUCCACCAGCUCCAAAGGUUCCCGUAG